UGCUUCACAUAUUUCUACAAAUUCACUUUUAGUUAUUGUAAGCAAAGCAAUGUAAAGUUGUGUAGUGUUGCACAAAGUUGUGACUAGCUCUUCAUCCUCUAGAGAUUAAAACUUUCCUGAAGCACCGUAGUCACGACUGACCGUCGGACAUCGAACCGCAUCUACGUCCGUACGUAUCGUUACAUAUUUAAAGUGAACAAUUCGCGAUGCAUUACCAGCGCACAAGAGAGAAGGGAAACAAACUUUACCUAUCUUUUCAUUUCUUACAUUAAAUUCAUGAAAAAUGUGUUCACGGUCUAUGCUCGGCACGAUAAAAAUAUUUAAUGAGCAUCUUCAAUUGCGAUCAAUUGCCGAAGGUUGAACCUACUUCUUUCUUAGAACUUUCUUACAGUUUUUUUUUAACGCAAGUAUUCUAUAAUAUACAUAGAGUUGUCAUUGAAACGUAUGUGCGUUUGGUCAGAAACAUAUUUUUUUCAUUUACUGAGAAUUUUUGUUCUGUUAUACACAUCUUCGAUCGAUUUGCCCGUGUGCACAGGGGAGAAUAAAGAGAAAUAAGAAAUUAUGGCUCGUAAAAGUACGUUUAACCGCACGUUGAAGUUUAUGCUCACUUUGUGUGGUAUUUGGCCAGGCACACCAUAUGUUCUGCUUUGCAGAAUAUUUUGGGUCGUUUCAAUGGCAGUUACUUUAUUCUGUCACUACCGUUAUUUUUUUACGCAUGUGCACUCUGCCGAAAUCUUGGACUUAAUGGAUUGUCUGUCCACCUUCCUUGCAUAUUCCAAAAUAAUUUUCAAGUUCUUUGUGUUUUGGUUAAACCAGCGAAAAUUUGUCGAGAUUUUGGCAGUGAUGACGGAAGAUUGGAGUGACUGCGCUAAUAGCGACAUUAGCAUGCGCGAGGCUGCACGUAAAGCGAAAAUAUCGGAUCGUAUUACAAAUGCGGUUGUCACCCUUCAUACGAUGACAAUUGUUGCAUAUUGCAUCGGCAUCAUCCUGGCCGACGCCGAUGUCACUGAUACUACGAGAGAGUUACCUUUAAUCAACAAGCUAGAAAUUCCUUUCGACAUAAAAACACAAUCCAUGUACAGAAUCGUUUUAAUCACGGAAUUUUUGCUUAUGAUUCUUUGCGGAUGGGCGGCUGGUAUAACAAACUCUUUACUAUUGACAUUAAUUUUACAUACGGCUGGUCAAAUCGAGAUUAUGAGUCAUUGGCUAGCGCAGCUUGUCCCUCGAAUUAAGAAUAAGGACAAACAUAAAUCAUUUGCUACGACUACGGGUAAAAUUAUUCAAAAACAUCAAAAAAUCAUCAGUUUUUCAAAAAACAUUGAGAGUCUUUAUUCGUCUAUCGCAUUGCUUCAGUUUGUAUCAAAUACGAUAAUGAUAUGUUCAAUAGGUUUUCUUAUCGUAACAGCAAUAGGCAGUCCAAAUGCGCUAGAACAAAUAAUGAAAUCAUUUUUGUUUUUUACCAUAACAAAUCUUGAAGCAUUUAUAUUUUGCUAUGCGGGAGAAUAUUUAAACAACAAAAGCAAUGAAAUUGGUAUCGCGGCGUAUAAUUGUGAAUGGUACGAUUUAAAAUCUACAGAAAGUCGUUUUCUGUUAUUUAUCAUAUUAAGAUCGCAGAAACAAUUAACACUUACAGUAGGAAAAAUGAUGGAUCUCUCCUUACAAACUUUUACAAGCAAUCCGCUUAACCGCAUGGUGAAAUUUAUACUCACUUUGUGCGGUGUUUGGCCAGGUGGAUCAUCUGUUCUAUUCUGCAGAAUACUUUUCACCGUUUCACUGACAUUUGCUCAGUACUGUAACUACCGUUACAUUAUGAUACACAUGCAUUCUAUUGCAAUUGAGGAUGUCGUAACCUGGUUGACCGUCGUCUUGGCACACUGCAAGGUGUUUUUUAAGUGCCUCAUAUUUUGGUUAAAUCAACGAAAAUUCAUCGAAGUCUUAACAAUGAUGCAAGAGGAUUGGAGUGAUUGCGCUAAGAACGAUGUCUGCAUGCGUGAGACAGUAAGAAAAGCAAAAAUGUCGGAACGUAUUACAAAUAUGUUGAUAAUCCUCCACACGACGUCAAUUGUUUCACAUUCCAUGGGUGUCUUUUUGGCUAAUGUCGAUGUCACCAGUAACACGACGGAGAUACUCUUCUUCACUAAGAUUGACUAUCCUUUUGAUAUAAACACGCAAUCCACAUAUAGAUUUGUUUUAGUAACAGAUUUCUUCUUUUUACUCACGUGUUCCUGUUCAGCUGCUAUAACAAAUGCUUUGUUAGUAAUUUUGAGAAUUAGCGCCCUUAAUGCAGAGUUAAUAAUAAAAAAUCUCUUAUUUUUCACUAUUACGAACAUCGAAGCGUAUAUAUACUGCUAUCUUGGUGAAUACUUGAGGGACAAGAGCAGAAAAAUUGAUUUUGCGGUGUACAGCUCUACAUGGUAUGAUAUGAAAAAUAAAGAUAGUAGUACUCUACUAUUUGUCCUACUGAGAUCGCAAAAGCAACUAACGCUAACAAUUGGGAAAAUGAUGGAUCUGUCCUUGCAAACCUUUACAAGUUUUCGCUUAAACACAAUCAGGUGUAAAAAAAAAAAAAAAAUGGCUAUAACCCGUAAAAGCACGUUUAGUCGUAUAGUGUUUCUUAUGCUCCCCUUGUUUGGUGUCAGUUCAGACAGAUUGGUCAUUUUAAUUACCAGAUUGUUUUGGAUUGCAAUAACAGCAUUUAUCGAAUUGUGUCACUAUCUUUAUUUUACGACGCAUUUAAGUUCAGAGAAUUUUUUCAAUUUGGUGGAUUGUGUUUGCAGUUUUUUGGCACAUGCAAAAGUAUUCAUUAAACUCGUUGCGUUCUGGGUGAACCAACGAAAGUUCGAGGAGACUUUGGCAUUAAUUACGGACGAUUGGAGUGAUUACGCUAAGAAUGACAUCGGCAUGCGUGUAAUGAUAGGCAAGGCAAAAAUAUCCGAUCGCAUCACUCACAUAAUAAUCAUUCUUCACACGAUCAAUAUCUUUGCUUAUUGCCUGGGAGUCAUCAUCGCUGAUGCUGAUGUUACUGAAACAAUUGAGUUGCCUCUUGUCAACAAAUUAGAGCUUCCCUUUAGCAUUAACACGCAACACAUGUACAGAUUUGUGCUAAUCGUAGAAUUUAUACACAUGAUUCUUUGCAAUUGGGUAGCUGGCCUCUACAACGCCGUGCUUUUGACUCUGGUCUUUCAUGUAGGUGGCCAAAUAGAUAUUCUGCAAUGCUGGUUGGCGAAGUUUAUACCUAAAGAUAUUGAAAAUAAGCAAGAAUCAAUCGUCAUGACAAAUAAGUUUAUUCUAAAACAUCAAAAAAUUAUUCAAUUUUCAGAAAACAUCGAGAGCUUGUAUACGUAUAUCGCGUUACUAUUAUUCGCGUCAAACACAAUGUUAAUUUGCUUACUUGCCUUUAUCAUUGUAACUGCAAUUGGUACUGCCGAUGCCAUGGAACAAAUUAUAAAAUGUAUUUUAUUCUUCACGACAACGAAUGUAGAGGCAUUCAUAUUUUGCUAUGCCGGAGAAUAUCUGAACAAUAAGAGCAAAGAGAUCGGAUUUGCAACAUAUAAUUGCGCAUGGUACAAUUUAAAGCCCAAAGAUAGUCGCAUUUUGUCAUUUAUAAUAUUAAGAUCUCAGAAGCAAUUGACGCUAACGGCUGGGAAGAUGAUGGAUCUCACUUUACAAACUUUUGCAAGUAUUAUGAAUGCUUCAGGAUCGUAUUUAUCAGUGUUAUUGGCGAUGCAAUAAACAUCAUGUCCAUCUCGAUAACUUUUAAUCAAUAGUCGUGAGGCGUGUACAGAGGCGAUAUGUAAAUAUGCCUUUACUAGUUACAUUAACACACAUUGUAUAACAUAUUAUAGAUAUUUUUCUGAAUAUAUGUCUAUAAAAAAAAAUAAUUUACAUAAAAUAUAGUAUAAAGUUAUAGUAAGCAAUAUCGGUCUCUAUAAAAUGCCAUACUCACUAUAUAUCUCAAUUUCUUAUGAAAAGACAAAUCAUGAUUUUUUUCCUACAACUGAGAGUUCACAGAGUAAAAACCUUGUACGCAGAGAGAUAUACAGAUUCGCAGUAAUUUAAUUUUCUGUUAUUUUCUUUUGCCCUCCAAACUUCGAAAUGUUUCCAAAGCUCGUCGAGCCCGACUCGCAAUUGAAUAUACCAUAUCUAUGUCCACGUGUAUCAUUGCUUAUUUAAAGCAAGCAAUUUGCAACCAUAUCAUCGGCCCUCGGAAAAAAAGAGACCUCACCUGUUCCCUUGUUUUUAUUUAAAUUGUCAGGACCUACGACAGAUGUAUUGGUGAUCUGCACGCAGCACGGUAAAAAUAUUUAAUGAGUUUCUUUUCCAUUGGUUGACAAUCCAAGGGUGAAUUCGUGUGAUGAUCUUUCAGGAAAUGUCCAGUCUUUACUCAGCAAUUUUGUAAUGUAUGUCCAUCGAAAAACGUAUCUCUGGCGUGCAUGAUCGAAUUCGUUGUGUCGAAUCUCUAUUUUGUUCAUUAAAAGCGAUUUGUUAAAAGUAAUAAAUUUGUCGUAUAUUUUGAUGUGAUUUAAUAAAACAAAAGGAAA